AUGAAUCAGGACCGCAGUUGGAUGUAUAUUAGACAUAGUAAUGGAUUGCUAGCGGAAGGAUUUUUUGAUAAGGUUGAGGAGUUUGUCGAGUUUGCUUUACGACAUCCUGAAUGUAAGAGUGGGGCAAAAAUAAAAUGCCCGUGCUCUAGGAGAAAAUGCAGAAACACAAAUUACCGAGAUCCAGAAGAUGUCAAGUUACAUGUGUUGCAGUCUGGGUUUGUUGAAGAUUACCAAGUGUGGGUUCAUCACGGUGAGGGCACUGUCUUGAAUCCUCCUCCUUGGGCACUACCAUCGGGUAAUUACGAUCAGUUUGACUACGGAAAUGACGAGGAUGGUUUUGAUGCAGUUCAGAGAAUGGUGAUCGAUGCAGCUGGUCCUGAAAUGUUUACUGAUGAAGAGCCUCCUAAUCAGGAAGCCCAGAGAUUUUAUGAUAUGAUGCGUUCGGCGGAAGAAGAAAUAUGGCCCGGGAAUAACAGACAUUCCCCUUUGUCCGCAGCAACUAACAUAUUGGACAUUAAAUGUCGCCAUCAGGGUUCAGUUGCUUUAAUUGACGACAUUUGUAGUUUAAUGCAAGAAUUGCUGCCAGAGGAGAACAAGAUGCCAGCAAAUUUUGCUAAAAUUAAAAAGCUGGUGAAAGGUUUGGGGUUGCCGGUGGAGGUUAUUGAAUGCUGUUUUUACAACUGCAUGCUUUUCUGGGGGGAAGAUGAGGCUUUAACGUGUUGUAAAGUGUGUGGCCACGAACGGUGGAAACCAGUUACCAAAAGCAAUUCUUCCAGAAAACGAAAGGCCAACGUGCCAUAUAAGAAGAUGUUUUAUUUUCCAAUUACUCCGAGGCUGCAGAGGUUGUAUGCGUCGAAAGCCACAGCUGGGCAUAUGACAUGGCACGCCGAACAUGAAAUGGAAGACGGGAAAAUGUGUCAUCCGUCUGAUUCUCCAGCCUGGAAACGGUUUAGUGAGUUGCAUACGGAUUUUGCUGACGAACCUCGAAAUGUUAGACUUGGCUUAUGCACUGAUGGGUUUCAACCGUUUGGCAGUUUCGGGUCACCUUAUUCUUCAUGGCCGGUAAUUGUGACGCCUUAUAAUCUGCCGCCAGGCAUGUGCAUGAAGGAUGAGUUCAUGUUUUUAACGAUACUUGUCCCGGGUCCGCGUAAUCCGAAAAACACUAUGGACAUUUUCCUCCAGCCGUUGAUAGCAGAGUUAAACCAAUUGUGGGAAUCUGGGAUCCGGACCUUUGAUAUUCACAAGCGUCAGAACUUUCAGAUGAAAGCGGCCCUUAUGUGGACAAUUAAUGAUUUCCCGGCCUAUUCAAUGCUAUCUGGUUGGAGCACAUCAGGUAGAUUGGCAUGUCCAUAUUGCAUGGAAGAUACGAAUGCAUUCACGCUUACUAAGAGUGGUAAACAAUCGUGGUUUGACUGCCACAGAAAGUUUCUACCUCCGGGGCACCGUUUUCGUCGAAAUGUCACCGAUUUUCGAAAAGGUAAACAAGAAAAAAACCAUUUUCGUAGGGUGAAAACAGGAGAUGAACUGUUGGCAGAGGUGGACCACCUAGGCUUUAGGAGGGCAUAUGAGCCCCAUGCAGAAGUUAUUAAUGCCGACUUGUCGAAGAAGUGUGGUUGGAACAGAAAAAGUAUAUUUUGGGAUUUGCCGUAUUGGAGAACAAAUGUGAUUCGGCAUAAUUUGGAUGUCAUGCAUAUCGAGAAAAAUGUUUUUGACAACGUUUUCAAUACCCGGAGUUACGUCCUUUUGAAUUGUGCGGAAAUCGAACCUUACAGAGAGUAA